GCAACGCUUUCGUACCAAGAAACAACAGCCUUGGAGCAGCUUGAGCAAGUGCGUGUGACAUCCAAGUACUUGGACACAUACACAUCGGAUCUGGCGAAGGCCGUGAACCAACUGUCCAAGGAAGUCCGAUCCCUGGAAGAGGUCACUCGACAUCAAGAAUUGCUGUUGACCUUGUGGACCAUGCGCAGAGUCAAGGAACGUGCGAAGCCAUGCUGCUCGCUCAGAAAAACAAGACUGUGA